AUGAGUAUAAUUCAUGCAAGAUCAUCGGUAUGCUUACCGAGAGAACGCGACAUCCCCACCCAAGGGGUAGCCACCCUUUCACGGUAAGUUUCCAAUCAGAAAACAACCCUAUUCCAGUGUAACUUCGGUCCCUAAUCUGUCUAAUCACCAUGUCGAUGCCAAAUACGCGCCUUCAACGUUGUACGGUCAUCGGUUAGAUCGUACUGCCGUAAGAAUUAAGCCUUACAUUCAAUAUAACUAAUUUUAGUGGGACGAUUAUUAUACCGACAACUUUGUCCACAACCCCACUGUCUACUGGCAAGACUACAGAUACAAUGCCCGAAGAUACCCCAACACCGACCCCAUCCCCAACAGCGGAGAGUUCGUGGUUCCUGGAUUCUGGUCACGUUACAAGUUCUACACCGAUUAUCUUAACCCUCAAUACUGGCGGAAAUACCGGGAUCCCUAUUAUGACAGACCUCUUUGGGAUUCAUGGAAACCAUAUCUCAUGGACAGAUACAACACCAAGAGAGCAAUUAAUAUGUAUAGACAGGUAUGCAUUCACUGUAAAAGUUGGAUAUUAUACUACGCACGUUUUUCAGGGUCUAAUUUCAUUCGAUUAUCUGGACAAAAAUUGGAUCGAACCCAGCGCGUUAUCUCGUAAGGACAAGGAUUGGGGAGACGUCUAUACACAGGCUGGUAAGUCAGGAUCGCCUCUGUUCAAAACUCUUCAUUUAAAGGUCGAUACGGGACACGAAGAUAUUUUUAUCAAUUCUCCCACUGA